AUUCACCAAAUAUUGUGAAAACUACACGAAUUAUUACGAGCGAGUGCAUCACUUGUAGAAAGACCAAAGGUUAUAGCGAGAAGAAGCGCUUGCAAUUUUCACAAAUAGAAGCGUUUAACAUAGCGGAUGUCAUUUCUGCGGACCUGUGUGGACCAAUAGCGAACGAGUACGGAGAGCCCAAGUAUAUGUUUGUCGCAAAGUGCGUAUUUACGUCGAAAGUGUGGAUUAUUCCACUGGAGUCAAUUCCAGCUGAGACAGUAGUGCACGCGAUGGAAACUGUGCUAAAUGAUAUAGAGAAGCUGGGCCACAAAGUUCGCAAAGUAAUUACAGACAAUGGCAGCCAAUUUAGGAGUGAGGCGUGGAACGAGAUGCUCACCGCAAAUGGUAUAAAAAUAGGCCAUACUACAACUUACAACCCUCAGUCUUCUCUGGUUGAGCGCACAAUGCGCAUAAUUGGAGAUAGGCUGAGAGCAAAGUUGAACGAUGAGCCCGAGAAUGACGAGUAUACUCACCACGGUUGGCACGUGCAUGUUAAGAAAAUAGAGUCUGAAAUAAACAAUACCCCUACUGAAUUUGGCAUAAAACCGAAUGAGGUAUGGGGCAUCGAAGAUGAGUUUUCUGCCAACAUGCCAACCAAAUUGGCUAAGUUAAAUUCUAAGUACCUGCUCAAGAAGCUGCAGCAGGACCAAAUCGAGAAAAAUCCUAAAUCUGUGACUACCGAGACGCUCAUGGAAAAGCCUAUGGAGCUCUCAAACCUGAUACGUGACGAGGAUGGUUAUUACUGGGCAGCCGUUGAUGGAGCUUGCUCAAACAACGGUUCCAGUGAUGCCAUAGCAGGUAUAGGGGUGGCUUGGACUCCUACUGGAGAAUUUAAUAUAUCCGAAAGAGUAGACCACCCUAGGUACCGGAAUACCAAUAAUUUGGCCGAGGCGAUAGCUCUGUGCAAAGCUAUGAAAGUGAUGCUCAAACUAGGUGCAAAAAGAGGAAAAAUAUUUUCGGAUUCAUGCUAUUUAACAACAGCAAUAAAUUAUAAUGUAGAGAAAUGGAAGAUCAAUAACUGGAAGAAUGCUAGUAAAAAACCAGUUGUGCACCGAGAAAUUUUUCAAGAAAUUUUAGAAUUGAAAGAAAAGUUUGAGAAGUUUGAGUUAAAGCACACACCUGCGAGAAGCUUCGAUCGUAACAACCAUGCCGCUGAUAAGCUAGCGCGUAAGGCGGUGUAUACACAAGAGUUGGUAGACCUGCGAGUUGAUGAAAUGACCGAGCAGCAGGCGUUAAUUUCAUUUAUUCGAGAAAAGAGAAAGCUACAAAGAUCAAGAGAUGAAGUAGCAUUUUAUAAAAUUAAGGGAGACCCAAUUUGUUACGAGGAGGGGGAAUUAGUUAUGCUUACGGAACACAGACAGAGCUCAUAUGAUAAAGGAGUCUCGAAAAAAUUGUUUCCUAAGCGUUUUGGGCCUUACAUGGUCAUGAAGCAUGUCGGAGAUAAUGCAUACAGAGUAAGAAGCAUAGCUAACGAGUCUGAUGAGCAAAUUGUCAAUGCUAGGCAAAUGACAAUUUAUUUGAAUUUAGAACAACAAGAGAAGCUCAAAAAUGAUCCGAAAUUAAAGUCAAAGACAGACUCAAGGCCCUUAAUUGAAAAAAUUAAAGAGAAAGUAACGCCGAAAGAGAUAGAAAGGCCAGAAAUUGACGAGGAGGUCGAAGAAGAGGUCAUUGACUCUAAAAUACAUGAUCAAGCAGCAGAAAGAGCAGCUAGGCUAUUGGCUAGAGAAUUGCGAAAGAAAGAGCUAGAACAAGCUGAGGAAAAGAGAGGAAAGAAACUGCAAGAAUUCCAGAAACUCAAAAAGCAUGCGAGACGCAAGUUAGAUGAUAAAGAAAACGAGAAGAUUGCUACGUGCAUUAAAAAAGCCGUUGGUUUGACAACAAAGGCUGGAGAAAUACUUGCGAACGCGGAAAAGAAAGAUAAAGAUAGAAAAAGAACGAAAAAGUUGAAGCCAGGUGAAAAAGCACCUGGAUCAGACGAUCCGGAUUAUGUACCACCUACAAGCACGAAAAGAAGAAAAAAGAAAACAGUAAAUUUUAUAGCUCUGGAAAAAUUAGAAUCUCAUCACCGUGUGAUGUUCGUAGAGUUGUACAUGAAUUACGAGGACGUGCUGAAAUAAAAAGAGAAAAAGAGUAGCUGGAAUUCGAGGUACUGGCCAUGGUGCCUAAAUUUUAAUCUGUAAAUAAUUUUUUUUUAUUAUUAGUUUUAAAUCUUAUUUUAUUCAAAUUACUCGUAGCAAUAUUUUAAUCUAGUUUUAAAAAACCAAAAAGAGCAAGCCAUUGAAAGUAAAAGCAAGUUCUAUCCAAGUAGCAUACGAGCUGUAUGAAGAGAAGUAGUACUAGCGAGUAGGCGGGGGGUAGAAUGGAACGAACGCAACGAGAACGAAAACGAGCGGCUCCCCGCAACCUGUAGUACGAAGCAGAGAGUAGUCUGCACGUUAGCGAGUAGGCGGGGGGUGGUAAAGAGUCGCACGCAUCAGCUGAUAAAACUAGAUCGGUUGAAACGAACCAACGAACGAGAAAAGUAAUGCCAAGGACGUUGCAGUUUUGAUGUAUUAUUGAUGCGUGUGAUGUAAUAACGUGAAUGUUUGUUGAAAGUUUGCAAUAAAGUGCGUAAUUGUAAAAGUUGGAAUUUUGGUGCUUUCGUGGUGAAUUUUGCGCUAAUUGGUGACCGUAAAAGCUCACGUACGCGGGUAUAUAUGCGAAAUCGGUUAAUUUGGUGUAAAAAGUAAAAAAUCGGGUAAAUUAUUUGAGAAGUGAACAGUUUGCUGCAUGUUUGUUUCGGUAAGGUCUAACAAAGAAACCUAAAAUCAAAAUGGCGUAAGUCUAUUGAAUAUGGUUUUUAAUUCGCUCGUGUUGUAUUUUUCCGUUAAAAAAGCGAAUAAAAAUUCGAAACGUGUUGAUUAGAAGAAAAAUUCCAGUAAAAGAGUAGCUCCUCGUGUAUUUCGACUGGCCGAAGAACAUACCGGCUACACGAGAAGCGACGUGGUUUUUUCUCAUAUUUCAACGAGUUGGAAGAACGAUAGUAGUCAAGUUGUGGCAUGAAAUUUUUCGACGAAGUUUUGUUUCAUUACAAAAGCUGAUUAGUUGGACGUUCGUGUGUUGAAUAUUCGUUUGACGAGAAUUCUAUCGACGCUGAGAUUAGUAGUAAGACGUAUUGGAUUGUGACUGACAAAUUCAAGUAGCUAGAAGUGAUCUUCUAAUUAGACAUAGGUAAUUAAGAUAAAUAGAGUAGAUUAAGUGUAGCAACACGAAAGUGCAUUUGAACUUACCGGUUUUUUCGUUGAGUUUCUCACAGUUAUUGACGAUACGAUGAACGACGCGAACGAAAGAGAAGACGUACCGAGACGAGCGUUUGUUUGGGAUGAUAGUAACAGCAGCACAUCCGAAAGAAGAGAAAUUAGAUGACGAGAUGCUGAGAUGGCUCAGCGCCAAAAUAACCAGAAUCCGGAAAAUCACCGUCGGUAAAGAGUAGCGACCGGAAAUGGUUUAGAAUUCGUCUGUAAUAGUUCCUAGUUGAGUCAAAAAGAGGAGAAGACUGUAAAUUUUGUUAUUUUUAUAAUUUUUUGAGAAUGUAAUUGUUUUUUUUUGUUUUCGUUUGCCAAAAGAGAAGCCAAGAAAGAAGAAUUGGUUCUUCCCAUAUUGUUUUUUACGAGUAGAUGGGAUUGUUCUUGUUAUUUUAUUUUACUUUUUGCAUUUUUUGAAUGUUUUGGUGCACUAAUAAAGAGAAAGUGGUGCCAAAUUGAAUGUUUAGUGAAUUUGUUUGUUGUUUUUUUUCUCUCCACACGCGUGAAUUUUUGUGUUGAGAUGAUUUUGUUAUUUUUGAAUUAGGCAAACGAGUAUGUAACAAAGAGAAAGAUGUAAAUUUGGAUUGUUUUUUGUUUGUGUUUUUUGUUGAUCAUCAUAAGAGUAGCCAAAAUACGAGGUGAAAAAUGUGAUAUAAAAUAAAACUUACGCAAUGAGUAUUGAAGUUUUUCAUUUCGCGAACCAAUGUGUUUGAACGGGAAUGGAACCAAAGAGCAGCUCUACCAACGAGAUACCUGUGAAAAGAAAAAAGAGAAAAAACAAAGUACAAAGUUUUUUUUUCUCGAAAAAUGGUAAAAUAGAAGUAAAAAAUAUUACGUCCCGUGACAGGUAGCAACGAGUAGACUGCAUGAAUAAUACGAGUAGCUGGAGUUAGCAUGCGUGAACUGGUCCAGACGUGUUGAAGGUUCAGCACCUGUGAAAAAACAGAGUGUUAAUAUUCGGAGGUAGACUAUGAGUAAAUGAAAGAGUAGUUACCUGAGUCUGGAAGCAGUGAAGUAACGAGUUGAACUCCAGUGAAAAACCUGGAACAGAGAGAAAGAAAAGAGUUGAAUUAUUCGAGUAGCUCACCUGAGUAGUUUACAGGGUUCGAGUCAAGAAGGAGUUCCAGAGUUCCAGCCAAGUUCCGGUCCAGACAAUGGUAUGAUGCAUAAGAUUAGCAUAGUGAUAAAAUUCGAUUGUAAUGUUAUUAUUAAUACAAAUGUUUAGAUAUGUUAAUCUUAAGAUCGCGAAAUUGUACAAAGAUUCUGCAAGAGUAGCCAGAUAGGGAUGUAGGGCCAUAUAACGAGCAGGCCACUUCUGGCAUACGAAGCGGGGCAGGAGGAGCCCAAGUACUCUACGAGACGCUGAGUAGGCCUCUUUUAGGCUGCGUAUCCAGUCGGGCCCCCGAGCUAUACCCAGCCGGGGCAUUAUGUAGAGGGUACUUGGGACUCCAUGUUACCACUCUACAGUGGUAAUUUGAUGCCCAGGUCGGAGGCUGCACUGAACCAGGUGCAACGCCAUCUGGUGGACUGGUUCAGGGAAGCUGACGGCCGAGAGUAAGUUACAGAGUUGCUUCGCAGUUUUCCAAUCUUCUUCUAACGAGCAAGAUAGAGCUUUUACGCUAGCUUGGAGAACGUUCAUGCCUUUAAGCAGAAUCUUUCGUUGUUAUAUGAAUGGUAGCAAUUGUACAUUGUAGCAACAUGUACUAUAAACCUUGUUCAUGUGCUUGAAUAAAUAUUCAGAGUAAA